UCUCUUUUCUUCUUCUUUUAUUCCUUGCAGCACUUCUUCCUUCUUUCAUUUCUUUUGCUGAAGCACCCACACCACCAUGGUACCUCUCACUCACGUCCCCUUCUCCCUCUCCACGAGAUGCUACCGCUGGCCACCAUCACCAUUUCUUCUUCCUCUCAACACCACCGUCCCUCCUCCUCACCGUGGCUGUAUUGUAUGUCCAGCCAAGACCCAUGAGCCACCACCAUAUACAAAAGCUCCAACCAUGGCCACUCCAAACAGCCAUGAACACGCGAGCACCACAGCCACCGCUGGUCACCACCGCCACGCCUCCUUUCAUGAGCGAACCAUCACGUCUUCUCCAAUCUUCAAGGCUGAAGCCAUUUUUCCUCAAAGCUUUCCUUUUUCGUGCUUUUCUCCUCUCACACAAAGAACAAACAAGGUAGCUUAUGUCAAGGGCUUCAAACCUAUGCUUUUAGUUUUCCAUUUGGUUAAGUUUUGAAAAGGUUGUGCUAAAAAGUUGUUUGGAUCUCUUUCUACUCUUUGCUAAGCUUGUUAUGUGACUGUUAAAAAUUAAACUUUGAGUUAGUGAUUCUAGUAUGUUAUUCCUAGUGGUAAUAGCUUUCUAUUAAUGUAAAUGAUUUAUGGAAAAGUUGAAAUUUUACUCAGAAGUGAUUUUGGAAAAGAAAAAAAUAGCUUUUCAUAGAAAGGGUUGGAAAAGAUUGUUCUUGGAUUUUUUCUAAGUUUAGGCAUGUAAUUUAUUUUGUGAAACAUUAAUUCUUGAAAAUUUCUUAAAUUGUAGAAAAGUAAUUUUUGAUGAUCUAAGUGUUUUUCCACCAAAGAAAUUACUAGUGAUGGCUUAUGUAUAACUUUGUUUUUGAAGAAAAAAAUUAUUGGCCAUGUUGGAAGUGAUGAGGCCGAGAGCAUGCUUGAUGUUCCUAGCUUGAAUUUUGUUGCUGUAUUUUUGCUAAAUGCUUGAAUAAUUUGUGGAUUUUCUAAGUGUUAGAAAUUGUAUGAAAAGAAUUUUGGGGCCUAAAACACAAUAUGCUUAGAAGUUUUGGGUUAAACUUGAGUUUUAAAAAGUCUUGGGGUUUGUUUGAUAAAUUUAGUAAAGGUUGAGGGUUGAAAAAGAACUCACUUAUAGUUGAGGACUUGUUUGCAAAAUGCAUUUCUUAAAGGUCCUUUCUUUAAGGCUCAUAAAUAUUUUCUCUUGGACUUUAGUCCUUGAAACAUAAAGCAUUUGCAUUAGCCUAAGUAAGUUAGAAAGAUUAGCUAAGCUUGUUUUGGAACUUUAGAUGUGACCUUAGAGGCUAAGGUUUAGUAUAUGAACUU